CCUCCCUGCUCGCCUCCAUCUCCCGCCGCUGUGGGGCCGACCAGCCUCAGCUGCGGCCUGGCGCUCUCCGCCCCCGGAACUACAACUCCCAGCGGGCUGCGGCCGGAGCCACUCUGGGCGGCGAGGCGAGCCGAGCUAAGGUGUGCGCGGUCCGGUUCCGGGUGCAGCAGGCAACGGCUCCGGCCGGAGCCACUCCCGGCGGCGAGGCGAGCCGAGCUAAGGUGUGUGCGGUCCGGUUCCGGGCGCAGCAGGCAUUAUGCUGCUUGAAGUAUUCCUGGUUUUGGGAACAGUCAUCAUCUACUUCUUACUAUCCAGGAAAAAAGAAGAGACAACAUUACCCCUCAAAGAGGGCUGGUGGGGCAAGGGACAGAAGCCUGACACUGAAGAAGACACAACAAUUCGACCCUUUAAGGUGGAAACUACAGAAGAAGAGCUGAGCGACUUAUUUAGGAGGCUUGACCAGGCUCGAUUCACUGAGCCACUGGAGAACAGUUGCUUCCAUUAUGGUACUAACUCCAAGUACCUCAGGAAGGUUGUCUCCUACUGGAAAAACCAGUUCAACUGGAAGAAACAGGUUGAAGUCCUCAACAAGUACCCACAAUUCAAAACGAAGAUUCAAGGCAUCGAUGUCCACUUUGUUCACGUGAAGCCUCGCCGCCUGCCUAAAGGGCAACCUGCAAAGCCACUGUUAAUGGUUCAUGGUUGGCCUGGCUCCUUCUAUGAGUUCUACAAGAUUAUCGCUCUCUUGACGGAUCCUGGCCUCUAUGAUGAACACGUCUUUGAAGUAAUCUGCCCAUCUAUUCCUGGAUUUGGUUUCUCAGAAGCACCCCACAAAAAAGGCUUUGAUUCUGUCAGUGCCGCUUCCGUGUUCUACGAAUUGAUGCUCAGACUGGGAUUCAAGCAGUUCUACAUACAAGGUGGUGAUGCUGGCUGGCUCAUCUGCACCAAUCUGGCCCAGAUAGCUCCCAGCCACGUGAAAGGUCUCCAUUUAAAUCUAGCCUUAGCUACAAAGAUGGGAUUCAUGCAGCUGCUCUCCAUACUGCUGGGCCGCUAUCUUCCAGGGCUCUUUGGCUUUCAGGAUGAAGAUGUCAGGAGGAUGUUUCCCUUCUUGAAGAAAGUGCUUUACAAGAUGUUGCUGGAGUCUGGCUAUGCUCACAUACAGGCUACAAAGCCUGAUACUGUUGGCUGUGGUUUGAAUGACUCCCCUGUAGGACUGGCUGCAUACAUCUUGGAAAAAUUUUCCACAUGGACUGAUCUGGAAUUUCGUGAUUUGGAGGAUGGAGGGUUAGAGAGGAAGUUCAGCCUGGAUGACCUGCUUACCAAUGUCAUGAUCUACUGGGUGUCAGGCUGCAUGGUCUCCUCCAUGCGUUUCUACAAAGAGAAUCUGCAGCAGGGGCUGGGCACACAGGAGCAUGACAAGCUGACAGUACAAGUACCUACUGGCAUUGCCUCCUUCCCUAAUGAAAUCAUGCACACACCCCAGGCUUGGGCCCAGAAGAAAUACAUCAACAUAGUUUCCUUCCAUUUCAUGCCUCGAGGUGGCCACUUUGCAGCUUUGGAGGAACCUGAACUUCUGGCUGAAGAUAUUCUACAUUUUGUUGAGAAAGUAGAGAAAGAGCAGCUUUGGAGGAAGAAAUAAGAGUAACUCCCCUAAUGAAUAGCAGGGUAAUUGCUUAGAGCUUAGCACAGGUACAGGCCUUACUAAGUCUCCUUUAAUCCAUGUAAGUAGUUUAUUCUUGACCAAAUGUGAGAGAGGACAGCCAAGAAAACUGCAGCCUGUCUCACUGAGGUACUGCCAUGGGGAACUGCUGGCUUUGGGUUGAUAUUUGCUUUGUUCAGCUAGGCUAAGAAAGUAGCAUGAGGAUUGUUUGGUUAUCUUGUCCCCCAAGCACAGACUUCUCAAAUCUGCUUUGCAAUAUUCCUCAUUCUUGCUUUGAAAUUGAAACCUUCCAACUCCUCACACUGCUAAUAACGUAACUAACAGCAAUUUAAUUGUCAUGAAAGGCUGCUUUUUUUCCCCACAGCAACAGUAAAACUCGAGUUGAUGUAGGUCUGAGGUUCCACACAAAGAAUGGGGAACAACCUAGCAAGACCCAACUUGCAUGAGCAUGUUGGGUAAGCAGCAUGGAUGAGCUACAAACAGCAGCUUUAAACUAGCCAGCUGGCUACUGCUGGCUGCCUUCCUUUUGCAGCCUGGGCUUUCAAGCAGCACCCUGGCUGUGAGGAGAAAAAUCAGCUCCCAGGACAGCAGCAUGUGUGAAGCAGCUGAAACACAGGUGGCUGCAGCUUGGACCAGAAGGAGGGGGUGGGGUGUAGGAGCGAUUUUAGCCCAAGCUAUCUCUGCACUGAAUUUGUACUCAACUCAAAUCAUAGCCCUGGACAGGCUCAAGACACUGCAGCUUUGCACUGUUAAGAGUAAAAAUGUCAAUAAUUAAAAGAACCUUUCAUUAAGA